UGUGGUCCACGGAGAAUUCAUCAUCACUUUAAAAGGCACGAGAGAUUUGGCACAGUGGAAGAAAACGCUCGCAGGCGAGCUCGGGUGCGCAGGGAGUGUCUCUUAAUACACCAUCGGGGAACACCAUUUUGCACCUUCCUUCCUGUGCAGAAGACUCGCUAAGACUUAGAGAAACUUGGACUCUGAAUUAAAGAAACUUACCAUAGUUGGGUUAUUACUUGAUCGACACUCUCUGACUGUAGCGGUGCGGUGAUGUGGAUGUGGUCAUUACGCACUCAAGCUUUGGCAAACCUCGAUGUUUGGCUGCAGAACUGGACUUCAAAAGCUAGUUAUUUCUCGAUACCUUCCUCUUAUUUUUUGUCUCAGUAGUCAUAUGACACUAAGUUUUGCUCGGUGUCGGGGUUUUAUAGUGAAACUCUCUGCCUACCAUUUGGAGUCGCGUGAUUUGCUGCUAACAACCCACAACAAAAGAUGAAUGUUUCCCUCUUCAACGUGACCCAGGACGCAAUGUUUAACGGCAGUCAGAGCCUCGCUGGGACACUGGCAACAUACUCCGGCAAUGCAACCGACAGCGUGGUGACCGGCGACGGCGGAGGGUCCCUGGUACUGCUGCAAGACGAGCGCAAACUCUUCGUGAUGCGUGUGGUGCAAAUCGCAGUGCUGUGCGUGUUGUCACUCACUGUAGUGUUCGGUGUAUUUUUUCUUGGGUGCAACCUGAUGAUUAAGUCGGAAAGUAUGAUUAACUUUCUGGUAAGGGACCGGAGACCCUCCAAAGACGUGGAAACUGUUAUGAUUGGGCUCAGCUAGUUCACCUAGGUGGAGAGAUGGAUGGAGAACCGGUAUGGAGAUCUGUUGCACAUUUCGAACAGCAGAUCAAGAUCUACAUCUGCAUGUACUUAUCAAAGUGUGUCCUUGUGACUAAGAUAUGCAAAAACAUGACCUACCGAAAAAAAAGGACUACAGGAAAGUAGUCCAACGACCAAUGUUUGUGCGUAAAGUCUGUGCGUAAAAUAAGGGCAGCUGUUUACACGUGGGCCGAUCUGUUGAAUAUUUUGAGUGAAUUUGUCGUUGCCAACUUGAACAAAGUAAAAAACAUGUUUACAAGCCGUUACCUCAUUUU